AGCCAGUGCUGUGCGCUGGAGGCUUAUGGUAAUUGCGGUCUCCCGACUGGCCUUCUGGGUAGAGUCUGCGCGAGUGGGAGUGGAGCGAGUCUCUCGGUCUCGGCAGCCUUCAUCCAUUCUGUGCGGCACUCCCCGUACAGCUCCGCGCGUCCUCGGUGCGAACCGGGGUGUUCUCUACGCUUCUCGAACAAGACGCGGGACGAAAAGCUACACGGAAUAACCUUCGGCAAACCUUACGAGACACAGAAUCCGCUAUCGGAGAGGACAUGGAGUGACGAAGAGCGGGAGAAAGGGGCUUUUUCCGAGGACGGCGUGCUCCGCUGAAACCCAACAUGGCGCUGCUGCGAGAUACGGCAGAGCUGAAUUAAUUUCUCCGCGAGUCCGCCGACCUCGCCACCUGUAUCCUGUGGGGGCCCGGGCCGCACGGCGCAUUGGCUCUCCGAAUGAAAGGACCGUCACGGAUUUUCUUUUGUGGAUUUCUCUACAUUCUGACGUGUGUUUUUCCUCCGCGCAGGAUCUUUUUGGUGCUUUCUGGCAACACAAGUGACAUUUGCAGCAGCAAAAAAAGUCAGCUUGAAAUAUAGGGUAAUGGAUGAGAGUUGCCUGUAGACAAUAGAAUAAGGACCGAGAGGUUUAUACGUAAGACUUGUUUUGUUUCUUGACAAGUGGAUAACCUGUUUGACACUUUUAGUUGUGUUUAUUUUUUUUGGCUGGGAUUGUGUGUCUCCAGCAGACGGGAUCGUUGGAUCGUAACCGGGCUAGUCUACGCACGCACGGAUCGCUGUCCCUCUAGUUAACUUGAAAAAAAAACAAACAGGAAAAAGGCGUGAGUUGGGGCGCACGGACAACGGCUGGAACUAGCACCAAUUAACCAGGGCAACAUCUGUUCGUGAUGUUGAUGCUGAGACACAAACCAACCUGGAACUGAGACAAGGGAACCACAUCACACAAAACAUGGUGGAUGCAAGGUUGACGCCCCUGGCAGCGAUGGGGCUGGACCGAGGCACUCUGAUGCACGAUGGUCUUCGUCUCCAUGGUGGGGUUGUAUACCCAGGCAUCAGGGCACUACCAGUGGAUAAGAGCCGAGAGAUGCCCUCCCUCACUUAUAACAGGGAUGGUCUCCCAGAGCUCAUUUACAAGCCUGAUGGCCCUCUGGACAGCCGUAAGCCUACGAAUGGAUACCUGGGCCUCUACAAGAGCACCCCUUCAGGUCUCCACAAGCCUGUGCUGGUUCCUGGAGCUGAAGGUCUAGGCCUGGAACGCAGAGUUGGGCCUGGAGAAAAGGCAUCUGAAUUGGGCUUGGCAGGUGCUGGUGGCAGCUACCUCCGCCUGCCGUGGCUCAGCCCCUACCAUGAAGCGAGCAUGUAUUCCUUCAUGGACACAUCCAAGUAUGCGGCUCUAAACAUGUACAAAGCAUCCUUGCUCAGCCAACCUAACCCCUAUCUUCCGCAGCACCUGGCCUACCCUUCUCUGUGUGCAGCACAGGGGGGCAAUGUUAACCCUGCUGCUGCCUCUGCUGCUGAGAGGCUCUACUAUAUGCCCCCCUAUCCUCCUUCUCCCAUCUCUUCUCCCCUGGUUGCGCCCCCUAUGAGGAUUCCUGCAGUCACAGUCGCCCCCACGGCACUGGUACACUGCCAGGACAAGGGGCUCGGUGUUUCGCCUCAGUUUGCACAGCAGCUUCACCAACCUUCCCCUCAUUCUCAGCACCAUCAGGCUGCUAUAGACAGGGACCGGUCCCCAAGCAGGAGCAGCCGACCAAGCAGACCUCCCUCUAGGAAGGGCUCUAGCAGCAGCAACACCAACAAUACCAGUAGCAAUAGCACUAGUGGCGCCAGUACUGGGAAUAACAAUAAUCUGCCUAUUGAUUCUUCACCUCGUGCAUCUUCUCGCCUUCCCCAACCCCCCCCUCCUCCUGCUAACAUUGAAAAUUUACUUGAUUUACAAAGGCCAGUUGCUAGGAUUGGACACCCACCUACCUCCUCCACUUGUUCAAUAUCUUCCUCAUCCUCAUCCACGCAGUCCAUUUCUCAUCCAUUCUCCGUUAGCAGCAUGGCAUCAGAGCAGCCCUCUCCAGCCCGGCCAAGCCCCCACAGAUCUAGGCCAAGAGAUGGGGCACCUGAGAACAGAAGUGUAGGGGUUGAAAAGAGACCUAGCAGGUCACCCUCCAAACCCAAAUUUGAAAGACCAGCUCACCAACCCCAAGCCACCAAAGAUUCAGCAGAGAAGCCCUUGGAUUUAUCUGGAAGAAUGCUGGAAUUUGGGUUGCCCCCUAAUGGAUUCCCAGUUAAGAUGGACACUAUAGCAUCAGGCCCACGUUAUGGACUGCCCUCUAGCCGGGAGCUACUAAAGGAAAACCUGUCCCACUCUCCAUCCUCCCACCUGCACUCUGUGGUCAGCAGCACUUCUUCAAAGGUCCCAGAGAGGCCGGAAAUGAUCAGCACUUUACACUCCUCCUGGGUUGUACCUAACCCGUCUCCUUCCCGUACACAGCACACACCAGGCUUGCCCCCCUCCCCAAGGCCUAAUGCAGACCUGGGCCUUUCACAAACCAAAGGUUCCUCCCCCUCUGUAAUCAAACAUAAGGGUCUGGAGAGAGUACUCCCUCAGCAACGUAGCUCAUCGUGUCCAAGGAUAGGGGAGCCCAACCAUAAUGUUUCUUCAACUCAGCACCCCUCUCUGGUCAGCUCCAGGGCUCUUUCUCCCAAACCCAGUGGGGAGUGGGUCAAACACAGCCCAAGCCAUUCAGAACAUCCAGGCCACAACAGAGAGGGAACAGAGAAAUCCUCCCAGACUACUAAGAGAGGCGAAACGACUCCAGAGGUGUCCUCAUACAAGAGGCCUUGUUUAGAGAAUGGUCACCCUCCUGGCCACCUUUACCUUCCUCAAAGUGAUGCAUACCUGAACCACAGUUUGGCUUAUGCCAAUAGAUACCUGCACUACCCUAUCCCUGAUGGCAUGUCGCUACACUCCCUGCCAAUUGCAGGGAAAGGCCCAGUCUACCCUCACCCAGUCUUACUGGGUAGCAACAGCCUUUACCCCACCCACUUGGCAGCAAAACACCCUUUACCCUACCACAACUUGCCAGCUGGUUCAGGAGGGGAAUACCUCACUUAUAACUCACAGGAGAUGGCCCAUCCCCUGAUGCAGACUCACUCAGACAAGCUGGCCGAAAGAGGAGAUGCAACUUUGAAGCCCCGGGGACAGGAGAAAACCCGGGGAACUGUGGAAGAAUGCGGUGGCCACAGAGAUCACAACAUUGGAAAAGAGAUGGGCGACGGAAGCCAAAUUAAGUCUGAUAGGGAAACAGGAGCACAAGGACACGGUGGCAAUCAAAGCAAAACUCCUUCCUCUGCAACGUCCAGAGAAAAGAUUGUCUGCAUUGACCUUGUACACUCAGACACAGAUAUUGAGUCUACCCCAACAGUCCACAAACCAUCUGCUGAGUCCUGCAGCAAGGUUAACCAAAAUGAAUGUUGUCAUAGUAACCAAAAUAUGACAAAGACUGACUAUGAGCCAAAACACCAACACCACCUUUCCCAUUCUUAUCUGAUCCACUCCGGACACAGCCCUGCCCUGAAACCCAAUCACACUGAUAGAAAGCCAGAAGCUCCCUUUGGGAAACCAAAGGUUCUCCAGGACAAAGUCUGUCCUGGGGUGACAUCUAGCACAUCCCCAACAUCUCUAGGGAAGUUCACCCAAGCAGAGGAGAGCCUGGAGGAACAGAGCCCCAGCCCAGACCCUGAAGAUCAAGAUCAGAGCACCUUGCGCUGUGCCCGCACAUCUGGGGAACGCAGUUCUGGUAAGGACAAAGGGGACAGAGAUUGCCGAGCUCUUCACUUCUCUCAGCACUACACAGAUGUGGUGAAGGAGGAGAGAGUGUGUGAGGGAGAGACCGAAAAGGAAGACAGUAUUGUUGACUUAGGGGAGUCUCAAGGAGAAGGGGAUGAGGAUGACGACGAAGAUGGCCUGACUUUAUCUAAAGGCUGUCGUAGAUCCAGUCUGGCCAAGAGGAUCGCUAACUCCUCAGGCUACGUUGGCGACCGCUUUAAAUGUGUCACCACUGAGCUGUAUGCCGACUCCAGCAAGCUGAGCCGUGAACAGAGAGCCCUGCAGAUGGAAGUCAUAUCACGAGAGGGGAGUAAUAUAAGUCAACCUGCAGCUAACUGGGAGGUCAGUUCUUUACAUUUCUUAUCACAUCUGCCUCUGAUGGGCUCUGUCUCCUUUGUACUCUGUAUCGCUGCACACUCCUUUUUCUCCCCACUCCCUUCUUUCCUCUCUUUCAUCUCCUCUCUCUGCCUCAGGCCCCUUUCCUUCCUCCCUACCCAUGUUUCCAUCCGUCUGUCUUUGCUUUGCUCAGGUGUCCGGCCAGUGUACGCAAACAACAGAGUUCCAGUCCUCCAGAGGUGUGGGGGCCUGAAUGAGCCUUUGUCCCCAGGGCAUGGGGCUCGAGAGGGGGCCAUAGGUGCCAGCCAAGGAGGGCUAAAUGAUGGAGCCAGGAAGGUGAAGAGGGAGUCAGAAGGAGGUCAUUGUUUACCCCCUACUUUGACACCGGCAAAAGGAUACAUUGAGGAGAAGGCCAGCUCUGGCUUUGGACCCACCAGGAAACGCCAGCUCUGCCUCAAGGCUGAAAAAGAGGACACUGAGUGGGAGGAAGGAGAGAGGCUGUCCCACCCAGAGAAAAGAGCAAAGAUUUCUACUGAUGAGAGUGAGCAGCCCAGUCCUGACGAAGAUGACGACGAGGUUCGGAAGCUCAAGGUCUGCAUUGAGCUGAAGGGACUGCGACUCAGCAAGCCCGCUGCCGGCGCAGCUUCCCCUGACGCGUCACUAAUCAAACAGGAGAGAGCAUGGCCCCAGCCCCGAUUAGUAGCCCCGGUCCAGAGCCUACGGGAACGCAAGAUUAGGCCUGGUGAGCCAGAGGACAGAGCCGCAGCGCAUAGAGCCGAGAUCAACAGGAAAUGGGGCUGCGAGAAGCUUCUUAAUGGAGUAGCUACUUCUCCCCUUCCCCCCAGCCAACUGAAGGACAGAGCGCUACCGCCGGGCUCCUUCUCAGGUGACCAUGGCCUUAAAGAGCCCAGGAGGGUCCCCCCAUCUCUGGCCCCAGAGCCGUCCAUGGGAGGCUCCCCUCCCAUCAAACCCCGUCGCCAUAGUGACACAGACAAACCCAAGGGCAAGCGGCCAUGCAAAACCAAACACACCAGUCAGAGGGAGCGAGAGCGGGAGAAAAGGAAAGAAGCCACAGCUAACAGCCCAGGCCAGCGUUGUGUGGCUGAUCAGGGAGCAGCUGAAGAUGACAAGCUGAGUGAGCAGCGUGGCGCUCCGAGGAAGGGAGCCGCCUCUCCUAAUCAUUAUCCCUACUCUCCAGUCAAGCCCUGCUCCCCCGCCACGCUCUGUCCGCCUUCCCUGCAGCCCCAGGCUAACGGCAGAGCUGGCGGUGUGCCACCAGAGGUGGCGGGGGUGCACAGGACCCCCCCUGCUGAGCCCCCCGCUGUUCGUCCGAUCCCGCCGGAGGCUCGUCGGCUGAUCGUGAACAAGAACGCCGGAGAGACUCUGCUCCAGAGAGCUGCACGGCUCGGCUACGAGGAGGUUGUACUGUACUGUCUGGAGAACAGAGUAUGCGAGGUGAAUCACAGAGACUAUGCCGGGUACUGUGCCCUCCAUGAGGCAUGCGCACGUGGCUGGCUCAGCAUAGUCCAACACCUGCUGGAUAACGGGGCCGACAUCAACUGCAGUGCACAGGACGGCACCAGACCAAUUCACGAUGCUGUAGAGAAUGACCACCUGGACGUUGUGAGAGUCCUGCUGUCUUACGGUGCUGACCCCACCCUGGCCACAUAUUCUGGCCGUGGCCUGCUCAAGAUGACACACAGCGACAGCAUGGAGCGCUUCCUCACUGAUUAUUUUGCUGACCUUCAGGGCCGUUCAGAUGACGACCCGGGGCUUUAUUGGGAAUUCUAUGGCAGCGCUGUGUGUGAGUUGAGCGAGGAGGGCGGUGUCUAUGACAUCCUGGCCGACCCUCCGGGCCCAGAGGAUGAGGAUGAGGAUGAUAAAAGGGAGGUGUUUGAGUUUGAGUUCUCUGACCGCCCUCUGCUGCCUUGCUACAACAUUCAGGUGUCCCUCUCCCAAGGGCCAAGAAACUGGCUGCUACUGUCAGACGUGCUUCGUUGGCUGCGGAUGUCUGGUCGCGGGUUCCGACAGGCUUUCCCCCACAUGGAGGUGGUGACAGUGGCAGAGGCAGAGUUUUACCGGCAGGCCUCUCUGUCGCAGCUCUUCUCCUGCCCAGAGGAGCUGGAAGGCUUCCAUGCAGACAGUAAGGACCUGUUGGACCUGGUGGAAGACAGCGGUGAGCUGGCUGCUCUUCUGGGCUCCACACUGGAGUGUCUUGACGACCGCUGGGACCACCCAGGGGACAAACUGAAGGACAAAAUCAAGGCCAUUGGGAAGUUGGGCUCAUCCUGACCCUUGGAGACACUAAACCCAGACCUUAAUCCUUUACGACUGCAGUUUGCUUACGAACCAACCAGGGGUAGUGAUGAUGCCUUAGCCUGACUCUUAGUUUGCACGCUUUGACCCUGCUUUGGACCAGCGCUGUACAGAUGGACUGACAUGCUGGCUGAUCGGGCUGCUGAAACGUUUCCCUCCGUUAACUGAGAAUCAAUACAUUUGUGACUCAAUAGACUUAAUAAUGGUCUUAUUUUUAUAAAUUAAUAUAUGUAUAAAUAAAUAAAUAUAUUAUAUAUAUAUAUAUAAAUAUAUAUAAAAUAUCAAGAGAUUUCUUUUUUUGGGGGAUGUUGCUCACGACUUCUCUGAAAGAUUUUGUAUGGCAACAGAGUGUAGUCGUGUUGUCAGUGAUUGGAUGGAGUGUGUGAACGCGCAGCACAUUGUGCAUGUGUGUAGCUGUACAGGAUAGUACUGAGACUGUGCUAUUGAAUGUGGUAUUUGUUUAUAGGAAGCACAUGAUGUCCUGUUUUAGUCUUUUUUCUUUUUUUUUCUCCUCAGACUUUAGCGCUCGCUUGAGCCUCAGGCUAUUUUGUUGUAUCUUUUUUUAAUGUUUAAAAUUUGCUUCCUGUUUAGUCUGUAAGUUAA